AUGCCAUUGGAGCUGGGACAGGCCCUGGUCCAGGUGCCACCACUGGCAAAGGCAGAGGACCCUCCACUCCCUGGACCAUCUGCUGCCUCUCAAGGGGAACUCUCCAGCCCUGAAGCUGCCCGGCAGCUUUUCAGAGGUUUUCAAUACCAGGUGCUAUCUGGGCCCCAUGAAACCCUGAGGCAGCUCCGGAAGCUCUGUUUCCAGUGGCUGCAGCCAGAAGUUCACAGCAAAGAGCAGAUCCUGGAGCUCCUCAUGUUGGAGCAGUUCCUCACCAUCCUGCCCAGGGAGAUCCAGAUGUGGGUGCGCACACAGUGUCCCCGCAAUGGAGAGGAGGCUGUGACACUAGUGGAGAGCUUGAAGGAUGACCCGCAGAAACUAUGGCGGUGGAUCAGCACCCAGGUUCUGGGACAGGAAAGCUCAACUGGGAAGAUGGAAUCUACAGGCUUCCAAGAGAGGGAGACAGACACCUGUCCUGAAGUGGAGCCUCAGGCGCUGGGACUUCAGAAUUCAGCCUCAGGGCCUGGAGAGCAUCUCAGCCACAUCAUCAAAGAGGAACCUGACUCUGAUCCAGAACUAGUGAUGACUGCGCCCCAGCUUCUUGCCCCACCAGAGGAAAGACUCAUUAACGACCAGGACUCUGGAGGCUCACUUCUCCAAGCAUCAUCUCAGGAACAGUGGAGACACCUGGAUUCUACUCAGAAGGAGCACUACUGGAACGUCAUGCUGGAGACCUAUGGGAAAAUGGUCUCAGGAGGCACUUCCAGUCCCAAACCUGACCCAGCUAAUUCUGCAGAGUAUGGGGAAGAGCUGGCAGGACUCCCUCUUCAUGCCACUGAGGAGAUCCCAGCACCCACUUACAGUGGAAACAGACAGGAUAAAAGCAAAGAGAACCUAAACGUGGAAACCUGCUGGGAUCAGGAGUCUCCGGAUGCCCCUUGUCACAUCUCAGGAGAGGCCCCGCCUCAGGGGUCUUUGAGUGGCUUCUUUGGUGAGAAUGAACAGAGAUGCUUUGGAGAAGGAGAUGAUCUCCCUAAGAUAGAGGGACACCUCCAAGGUGAGGAGAAAGGGGAGCAGCUCUCUUCUCAGGAAAGAGUUUCUGGGAAACAGCUGGACCAGCAUUUGCCUGAUUCUCACCCAGAAGACCUCUCUGUGCUGUGGCUCAAGGAGAAGCAAGAGGCCCCCCAGAAGGACCAGCUCAAACAGGCCACAGAAUGUGGGAAAACCUUCCAUAAGUCUCAGCUUGUGCUUCACCAGAGAACUCAUACUGAAAAAAUGUACGUUCAGUGCCCCUCCUGCAAGAAAGACUUUCUGCAAAACCCAGACUUUGCAAGGCAUCAGAGAAUCUGCACCGGAGAGAAGCCUUGCAAGUGUGAUCAUUGUGGGAAAGGCUUCAGUAACUAUUCUGGAUUGCGCCACCAUGAGAAAAUCCACUCAGGAGAGCAGCCCUAUAAAUGUUCCUUCUGUGAAAAGACUUUUAGUCACAAGUCCAACUUUGGUAAGCACCAGAGCGUCCACACAGGAGAGAAACCUUAUAAAUGUCCUCUCUGUGAAAAGAGUUUCAAACACAGGUCAGCCUUUAAUGCACACCAGCGUGUCCACACAGGAGAGAAACCCUAUAAGUGUGCUCUCUCCAAUCCGGACCUUGGCCUCAUGCCGGCGGCCCCGCCCCGCCCGCUCUGGUCGUGGGGUUUGCUGGGGGUGGGGUUUGAGCCGCUCCCGGACGUGCUUGGCCGCCGCCGUGGCAGUGAGUGGACGUAG